GGUCAUGAGAGUUGGUCGAGUUAGGGUUUGGGUUUCCUGUGUUCCUCGUUUUAUGAGACUCUACUCUUCAAACGCCAAAACCUAAGCGAGCAGCGGCCGCCUUCGUUCUCCAUCUUCCUGCCCUCUUCUGCAUCAGCUAGCCUCCGUCGAUAUGGCCCCGAAAAGAGGUGCUAAACCCGUGGCAGCUGCAAAGAAGAAAUCUGAUAAGGUUGUGAAUCCGUUGUUCGAGAAACGUCCGAAGCAAUUUGGAAUUGGUGGUGCACUCCCUCCUAAGAGAGAUUUGACGAGGUUUGUCAAGUGGCCUCAUGUUGUUCGUAUUCAAAGGCAGAGAAGGAUAUUGAGGCAGCGAUUGAAGGUUCCUCCUGCUGUAAACCAGUUCACAAAAGCACUUGACAAGAACCUAGCCACCCAGCUAUUCAAGCUUUUGCUGAAGUAUCGCCCAGAGGACAAAGCUGCUAAGAAGGAAAGGCUUAUUAGCAAAGCACAAGCUGAAGCAGAGGGAAAGUCUGUGGAGUCCAAGAAGCCCAUAGUUGUUAAGUAUGGACUUAAUCAUGUGACUUACCUUAUCGAGCAGAACAAGGCCCAACUGGUGGUUAUUGCUCACGAUGUUGAUCCGAUUGAGCUGGUUGUCUGGUUGCCUGCACUCUGUCGGAAGAUGGAGGUUCCAUAUGCUAUUGUGAAGGGAAAGUCGAGACUUGGAGCGAUUGUCCACAAGAAGACAGCUGCAGCUUUGUGCCUUACAUCUGUGAAGAAUGAGGACAAAAUGGAGUUCAGCAAGAUUUUGGAGGCAGUGAAGGCUAACUUCAACGACAAGUUUGAUGAGCACAGGAAGAAAUGGGGUGGUGGGAUAAUGGGAUCCAAAUCUCAGGCCAAGACCAAAGCCAAGGAGAGACUCUUGGCUAAGGAGGCUGCGCAAAGAAUGUCUUAAAUUGAGCUUGAUUUAUAGAUCCUUGCAAAUUUUGAUGAUGUUAGCCGUUCCCCUAAAUUUGUUUCUACUGAACGACUAGCCGUGUGAUUUUCUGUGUUCGCCAUGAGUCUGAGGAUAUGGACGUAGCAUCUUUUUUAGUAUGGUGUUUUAAUGGUUUUGGUUCGUUGCCCAAUAGUCAGUAUUGAGUUCUGUUUUCAGAACCAGAUUGGGUAGAUCACAGAGUCUGAUCGAUCCUCCAAGUUGUCUCGAAGGAUUCCUCCUGCUGCAGCUUGGAAGUUGUCGUCUCUUUCGCGUAGCAUGAGAUGAACAAUGUUAAGGUUUAGGACAAGAAGUAUGGACUGGUAUGCAGUCUUGCACACAAACAGUUCAAAAUCAAUGCAGAUCCAUGGAUGGGGGGAAGACAGUUACUGCCUUGCAACUUGUUUCUUCGGAAGAGAGGAGAUGAGAUACAAGUGUUGUUUGAUUGACGCAGCUAGCUGAUUAUGCAGAAGGCAGCCGUUGUUUACAAUCAAAAGACCGAAACAAAAAAGCAAUACAGAAACACAGAAAAAGUAAAGCAAGCUAUCUUCGCUUCUUCAGUUGGGGGCUAUGGAGUAUGAACAAAUAUAAAUAGUACGUUACAAACAACACAUUCAAUCAAGUCGCCCCCAAUGAUAUUACAUGUCACACUCACGAAAGUAUAAAUUGCUGACCACAAACACAGAAUUCAAUGAAUCAAUUGAAUAGAA